CUACAUUUUUAACUACUUCGUAGCGAUGUAAAGACAAAGUGCGUUACUUGAUGCAGAUGCAAAUUUUUUUGCACAUUUUUUCGCUUCCAUGAAUAGGGUGGUGUCUUUCAACAUCGCUCCUUAAGACGUCUUUCCAAGAACAUCUUUGAUCGUAAUUUCUUUUCGCGAUCCCAGAGUAGUCGAAAAUGCCGAAGAACAAGAAGAGGAACAAUUCCAAUAAGAAAUGGGCGCCGGCGAAGGUCAGCAACUCGCCCGCUCCGUUGCCAGUGCCUCCACCUGCAGUACUGGGACAAGAGAAGCAUCAAGUAGAAUCCACCGAGACCGCAGCCGGCCUCGAUUCCGCGACCCCUCUUGCAAAUGAGGCUGAGCUUGAUGCUUCACACCUCGGCCUUGACGAUCUGAACCACUCAGUCGGCUCAUUCCAGGAGUCGUUUCAUACAGCGAGCGGCUAUUUCUCGGCCGCGGAACAAUUUCACACUGCUCAUGACUCAGCCCUGCAUAGUGUGGCUUCGUCAUCCAAAAACAGUGGAGCCGGAUGUGCAGAAGCAGAGGUGGGAGAAAUCAGGGCAGCGGGAAAUGAAGAGGCCAAGAACAAUGCGCCAGACGCAGAACUGAGCUCGAACUCAUCUGGCACGGACAAUGGAUCUUCGCAGGGUAUUAUUUCGUUUACUUGCAGCGUGGUGAAGCAAAAUGGCCAGGAGAAUGUGGAUGAAAGGGUUGCCGAUUCCAUGACAUCGUCCUCUGAAUCCAAUGAAGAGGAACUUCUAGGACGACUCGGAGAAAGUCCAUUGGAGAUGGAAGGGCUUCAUUGUCAGCCAAGAGCGGAUAACGCGACAUCGUCGUCGGCGGGUUCCGGAUCAGAAGGAAACGGUGAUGAAAAAGAACGAAGUGAUCAUGAGAACAGUGAUCAAAUUGUAGACGAAAGUAGCCGUGGAAGCGAUAGCGCUGGACGACAUGAAGAGCCUAUAGUAUCUUCUUCUGACAGUGCGGCAGAAGCAAAAGGUGAAGCAUCUCAUGAUGUCGCUUCCUCUGAUGUUGCUCCAGAAGCGGAACAAGAAACACCAUUUGCCGGGAACUUUAUGCGUGAUGUACCGACUGAAGGCCAACACCAGAUGAAGGUAUUACGACACAAGCUAUCCGCCUUAGUCUUAGCCUGAUUGGGUCUAUAAGCAAUUAUAUGACCGUAGGUAUAGGAAUACAAAUAUGAGCAUCUUGAUGCACAUGCUGUACUAAGGUGACUGUACGUACAAAUACAGACACCCACCUUACUCUAGGCCUAGUUGUAAAAGUCUAAGUGAUGCUGAAAAAGGUGCAUAGUCACUAAAAGAUGAAUACUUCUCUCCUCAAUGUGCCAUCUCACUACCUAAUGCUAAUCUAGGGUCCGCAGUCGGCGAGCGGUGGUCGAAAUUCUUCCGAAGAUGAGCGAUCUUUGAACAUCGCAGACGUUUCCUUUGGUGGUGCUACAGCAUCAGCGACAGAAGCAUAUCCUGGCGAUGUGUCUGGUGGGAAUGCGGAGCACGAUACGACGAGGAAGCCGACAGAAAUGCAACCUCCAGAAGUGCCUGCCUCUCGUUCCUCAAGAAAUAUGUCACCAGGCGCUCUCGAGGCACGCGCGGCACUCCACGAACUGAAAGCACACCAAGUGAUGAAAGAAAAGCAUGGGCGAGGAGCGGUUUCUCCAGUAGAUGCUGCCUCGUUGUACACCACACCUGCGCCCUCUGCGAUAACUCCCGGUGGAGGCCGAACGAGCAUUCUGAAAUCGACACUGGCGCGAAAAAGUUCCACAUCAGAGCAGGAAGGUACGUCAUCCUCGUGUGGUGGCAGCGAGCCUGGCGGAGUUAGCAUUCCGUCCAAGAUCCGACGAUCCGGCUCCGGUGCUCGCACUAACGCGGCAAACCCUGCUGCGUCUCCUACCAAUAGCAGCAACGUCACAGUUCGAGCCGGAGCAAGCGAUGUUGAUCCGCUUAGCGCAGUGGGAGAACAAUCAGGCACUCGACGAAGCAGUAAAAGUGGAAAGAGCAGCAGCAAGGAGGACUCAAUUUCAAUAAUUGGGGAUCGGGAGCAAACCACGGUCGAUAGCAAAAAAUCUUCACAGGCGGGUCCUCAAGAAGUCAUGAACAAAAAACAUAAUGUGAUCGGCAAGUUGAAUUUGGAGAAAAACACGUCAUCUAGGAGUGUGGAACAUCUGCAACGCGAGGUAGCAAGGGGUUUGAUGGCGGGUGAAGACGAAGAAGAGGAGGACGACGACGUCCUCGACGAUGCAGAGGACGGACGAACUGGUCGCGCUGUGCCAAGGCACCGUGGAUACUACACAAGCGAGCGCCUUCAACGCUACGCGCGUGAAUACGAGGAAUCCGAAGAGGAAGAAGGCGACGUCAUAGAGGACGUCACUCUUAACAUGCUGAGUAGUGACGCACUCUUGGGAUCCUGUCUAGAGACUUCUCCCUCCGCUGGGGCGGGACGCGCUGGAGGUGCAGACCAGCAUCAACCUGAGGAAACGCCUAGCUGCUCCUCUCGGGAAGGAGAGGAAACUCCAUCCAGCAAGAGAGACAGCACAGCUGUGUCAGCGUCAGGCACGACACUGAGAACACCAGGAGCAAAUCGAGAGGACGGCGAGGGCGUCAGUGGCCGAGCUCCCCACCAUCCUGGUACGUUGCCGGUGCUGAGCCCCGAAGCACGCAAACUUCGCCUGCGCGGUGUGCCGCCUAUCACUCAGUCGCAAGAGGACCGAGCAGAUGAUGUGGUACAAGAACAAGCGCAAGGCAAGACGGCUGUUGAAAGUGCGGCUAUUCCUGCUUCGCCUGUGUCAUCAAGCUCGUUCACUGACCAAGCGAUUUCUAAAGGUCCAGUCACCGACGUUUUUCCGCGCCCAGACGAGGGACGAACAAGGGCACGAGCUGAGGGCGAGGCAGUCUCUGUAGAAGAAGGCGCAACCGUCAACAGUUACAGCGCGAUAAUAGACUCACUGAAUCUCGACUAUGCCCCACCGGCUGCUACUGCUGCACCACAGACGUGCGGCUUCGAUCGCGACGCAGAGCGUUUUUUCACGCGAGAAUUGUGCCCCAGUCCCGAAAAGAUGGAGAUGAUUAAUCUGAACUCAGUUGAAGAACCAGCUGGCGAGCAAGGCGUAUGCUUUUUUGAUGACGCCAAUGCGGAUCGGUCAAGCGAGCAGUUUUCAGCACGAUCGAGUGCCGCAGGAGGCGGAGGCAAGUCCUCGGUGUUCACGGUGAUGGAUGAAAAUGGGCGUCCAACCGAACUUAGCGAACAAGAAUACCGCAUCUGGCUCAGACGACCGACAGACGCAAAUCAUGAGGAGGUACCGCCACAAUACACCCAACCGAAAAUUCCAAUGCAAGAAUAGGUAGUUUUGGUAGUCAUGAAAAAGACCUUUAACAAGAUCACGACUCGAUGUUAACAAGAUUCAUUGCUUAAUGAUCAACGCCGUAUGAUCUCUCACAGGUUGAGCUGACGCCUCGGACACAAGGCUUGAUCAUUACGGAUGAAGCAUCAACAUCUCCAGCGCAGGAGCCCACCUUGCAUCCGAAAUUCCAACGGCGACGGGAAAGUAUCAAAGUGGCGCUUCCUGGCGUAGUCUCAGAAUUUAAAACGAGUCUGGUACUACUUACUUUUUACUGUAGCCUCGCAACAUGUAGAUGUACUUCUUGAAUUUGUUUCCUAUUGAGUAUUCGUAUUUCUUUGUUUAAGUUUAUAUAUGUUCCAGGUCGCGGGGCGACGCCCCCCCCCCCUAGCGGGGGGGGGGGCGAGCGCCCUGGACCCCUUUUUGAGGCGUCUACCGGGGGAGGAAGGCCGCAAAAGGGGGCCAAGGGGCCACCCCCGGUCCCUUCCAGGAGCUUCGUGUCCCCUGGAGGCCUGGGAAGUAGGUGGAAGGCGUCAAGGGGGACCAAGGGGCUCGCUGCCUCCUUCUCGUUUGCGUGUACCCUACAGGCUUGAAGGGCUAGAUGACUACAGACAAAAGGGGCCCACGGGACCGCCUGCGCCCCCGCCCAGGUGCCUGCCUGUGCCCUCAGUGCAUCCCGCCGCAGCAGUGCACCGGCAGCGGAAGGCCUCCGUAGACGGCAAAAGGCAAGGGGCUGGACCUCCUGGGCCGUGCCGCCUGUACCCUCCGGGCCCUUGGUCAAUCAUCGGCUUCCUUGCUCUCGCGACCGUGGCCCUUAGGAACGCGCCAAGUCUUGACGCCUGCGUGCCACCACUAGAAUCCGCGAAAAAUCCGCGCGGAAAAGCGCGCGGGCGCGCCACCACAGCCAAGACCACAGGGGGGGAGGGGGGGCCGUUCGGCCCUGAGUCAUAUACUCGUUUUCAAAAUGGCUACUCGUAUUCAUCGAUUUAAUGGUCUUGGCCAUUUUGUCGAGGCCUAUUUGUGUUGUAAUACACCGUCGCAGCGGCUCUUGCACUGUUCGUCGAAGUUGAUCCUCCUCCUGUGUGUGACCUCUACUAGAGUUAUUAUUUUGCGACUCCGUCAAUGAGGUAAACGAAGUAGGAUAUCCCAUGCGGGGCAUUGGUCACAGCCAGUUCGUGUAUACUUUGAACACGGGAGAUCUUGCACCAACGCGUAUCGCGGCACCGGUUUUGAAGGCCUUACCUACGGAUAUCGUCCGAAUCAGCAGCGCCAAUGCUUCAGGCUUCUUCCCCACAACUAUUGUCCAGACAACGUCUGGCGGCACUGGGGGUCAGGGCAAAGACGCAAAGGCAGCGACGGGUGACAAGAAUCAGCACAAGGGUGCUGUUGCUGGUAAACAAGCCGAUCCAGCAGCGGUGCAAGAAGAUGAUACCAACAAAGGCAAGGUGAAAGACAAGGACAGUGCACCAUCUGCCGGUGCCGAUAAGCCGAAAUACGACAGAAGUGUUUCAGCACAGGAGUUUGUUCAGUCUGCGGGACAAGCAGAUGCCAGUAAAAAGGGUUCUGCAACAUCAGCAUCAGGACCUACUCAAGCACAGCUACAACCACCUCCACUGCGCGCCACGCUGACGAAACCGGCAGGCAUUUCGCGAAACAUGACAGCCGCUCUGCAAGCAAGUGCCAGCUGCUUUGGACACGUCGUGCGGCGAUCGUCAGAAUUCGAAACCACUGCUGACGGAAUGCGAAAGAACUUCAAAGAAGAGGUGUCUACAUCCAAAAAGACGAGCAUGGUACUCACUCAUUUUGUUGAUCUUUGGACUUGCAUCUAAUCUCGAGGACCUCCAAUACAACUCAUCGUAGUACUUACUUUCUUACGUAAGACUAAGAGUACCAAAUAGAUAUCAUAACAGCCUGCCAGUUUUUAACGCAAGUUGUACUUCUCAAAACGCAAACAAGACUAAGAAUAAGAUCACGCAGGAGUGUGACCUACAUUAUAUAGUAGAGUAGUUUAUAGACGGUGGGAAGGUGGGCACGCUGGGCGGCCACGCUUGGCACGGUGGGCGGACCUUUGGCACACAUGGGAGGCACGGCGGGCGCACGCUGGGCACCUAUUGCGUUGCCCCGCUGCUUCCGCCAAUGUACAGGGCCGCAGUCGAGUCGAGUCGAGUCGACUCGAGGGCGGCGCUGCGCUGCGCUCCUUUGCGGAGUGGCCACGUUCUCGCUGUUUGCGGUGCUUCGCUGCUGUAUGAAGUGCCGCCUGGGUGUGUAGAGCGCGGCGCAGCGCUGCCGUGUGCCUCAGUGCUCUGCUGCAGUGUGCGGACGGCGCUGCCGAGGGAUAUUCCCAGGCGGGCCAGUAGUUGGGCGUCCUGAUUCGUGUGCAACUUGCUGCGGAUCCAAGGCGCAAGCGCUUACUCUGCUGGGGGGCUUCAGAAAUGGGCCCCGAUUUUUGACCCCAGUCUCAUGGUGGGCGCACGGUGGGCGAAAUCUUUCGCAGAAGACCCACUUUGGGGUCGCCCAGCGUGCCAAGCGUGCCCACCGAUCCAAUUCCGGGGAGGAAGUGAACUUUUCGAAAGUGGUACCUUUUCCCACGUGGCGAGUGAGAAAGGGCGGCCUGCCGCCUGCAUAAGUCCUCUGUGAUCGCGUCCUAAUUUGCAACAGGUAUUGUGCAGUCCGCGACUUUCGUUACCACCGUCUCCAUUGGUGCCCGCUGGUCGCGACUACCAAGUGGCACCUGCGCCCGGGGCUGGUCUACUCGGUAUGGGGUCAUCUGGAGCAGGGCUACACCUACCGGAACAUCAUAUUGGAGGCUUACCAUUCGUCCCGUUGCAGACGAUCGCCCAGCCGCGGAUCUCAGCACCACCGGCUGUUGCCAACGAUCGCGGAACGCCGCGCUCGAAAAGCAGUUCUGGAAUCCGCAGUCGAAGUGAGAACACAUGCCGUGAGGCAGCACCUGCGCAGGCCCGCGAGGGCGCACGACCACGGCAACCAGGCACAGUGGCGGAACACGCAGCGGGCGGAAGCUGUUUUGCGUCGCCACGAAGUUCCUGUACGCCACGUCAUGUGGAAGACAUGAAUAAGAUCACGCACGGACUGAACUCGGCGGCAUUCGCCUUCAAACGCGAGUCUCUCCAAGUCCGUCCGAUGUUCGCUCCAAAAAUCAGCACUGUAGCGGCAGUAGCUGGCCAGCAAAGGGAUCCACAGGGGGAAGGUGAAGCCAGUGCUCAAUUGCUGCACUUCGGUGGAAUCCAGCUUGCUGGAGGGCGACUCUCGCUUGGCGGUCACCAGAAGCAGUAUUUGAAGUCGACUGUUCAACAGGACUGCGAGGCAGAGCCGACCACGACGAGUGAUCAAGCUACAGCACAACAAAAGGCGAACAUGCAAUCCACAUCUGAGAUGCACCCAAUUCUUAAUGGCACGGACCGAUCCAUGGAAAACCCAGCGGGUAUGAUCGCGGUUUCUGCGAUGCGCAUGCCUUCCAAGGUGCCUUCUCUCGGAGACAGUCAGCUCGUCUACGGAGAGGGCAGCGAACUAGAGAACCCAUGGGCAGACCCAGAUCACGAAGUUGUAGAGGACUUAGCAGAGGGGGCACAAGUAGAGGGAGGAGAUAAGGAUUUUUUCGGAAUGAAGGCUGCAGUAGAGCAGAUUCCACUCCAUAUUCUGAAGAACGAUGAAAACGAUUACAACAUCGAGCGUGCGAGGAUGAUAACGGGAGAGCCAGGGACCUCCGCUUCGCGGGCGUCUUCACCAGCUCAGCCACCGGGAGCACUUGCAAUGGAUUUCCUGAAGCGAAACUCAAAAGCAUCGACCCCCGGUGGAGGUAUGCCAAUCGGUGUGCAGUCAGCACGAGGUGGCUCGACCAUCUGCUCACUGCUCCAGCAAGCUCACUUUCACGACCGAUUGAGCAUAGCGAAGCAAGCACGCGCAGCCGCCGCGACCGAUAGGCUCUCGGCGACGCAGGAACGUGCCUCCUUCACGAUGCCAGUGCAGCCGAAGGCUCCUGGUGUUGGAUGGAUGCCCACGCAGGCUCUUGAGAAUUUCAAGCGGCACGCGAACUCCGUCGGAUUGGAUCGUCCGACGCUCGAUGAAAACGGCUUCCUUGUACUAGAACGUGCGGAGUUCUACGACGCGAGUGACGCCGAGGGAGAAGCGCUGCUGGCGAGCUCCCGUAACGUUUCCCCAUCUGCGGGAGGCUUGAGCAGAACAAUAGAAAAUGCCAACCACAGUGCCGGUGAGGAAGACGAGCGCGGCGCUGCCGAGCCAGAGGACGGCGGGGCAAAAGGCUUGACCGCAUCUGUCGGUGCUUCAACUAAAGCGAGGCGCAUUACAGACCGCGCAACUUUGUUAGACGAGGAGAACGAAGACGAGCUAAUUCAAGCGUCAUCGAUCAGCGUCAACCAAGUCCAACGAUCGCAAAGUGCGACUGCUGGCGCAGGCCAAGGACGACGCUGUAUCCUCGCACACGUUGUUCCGCAUUUGCGGGUUAGCAAAGUCCUCGAUGCGCAUCCAAGCGAAGGACCUUUGAAAGCACCGAUCAAUCUGCGGGCCUCGCUGAGCAAGCCACCUGUGCCGCCUGCUCCGCGGACACGCGCUCCUACCGCCGAGAGAGAGGAUCAGGCACCAGCUACUUAUGAAGAGGGAGGGGGCGAUGCGCCCUCAGAGAGGUCCCGACUUCAGCCACCUCAUCUGGCCUUUCCGCAAUUAAGGCCACCAGGUGGACCCACCAUGACUGCCGCAGAUGCAGUCGACGAAGCUCGACGUUCAGGUGGCGGCCAACUCCUGGGCGGGAUUGCUCCAAAGAUCAAAGGCUUGGAACCGCUGGCACAGAUCGUUCCAAACGACGAGGAGGAAGAACGUGACGAGAACGGCGAAACAGCGAGAGAAAGAGAAGCACGCCUGAAACGUGAGCAUAUCGAAAAGUACGACUUGUGCCCGCCGAAAGCGAUCACACUGUCAGCGCCAAUUCGUGUGAGUAUGGAUUUCUUCCACGAGAAAGGGCAUCACGCGCACAUCGCACGCGGGGGAAUGGCACUAGCGCACGCCAAAACUAAUUUCGCACCCAUCGAUGAGACAGCGCACAACAUUUUCCGUCCACCAGCUGCGGGAGCUGCGGCAACUGGCAUGAGCGUGCCGGGUAUGGUUCCUGGACCAGGUCAGUGUUUGCUUCAAGAGUCUCACCUUCAAGGCCCGCAGCUUUUCGCGUCACCCCGGACGCUACAAUCACCACGAGGUCUACUAGACUUCAUCUGUGAUGGCGCAAACAACGAACAACAGGCCUUCGGGUCUGCGGAUUUCCAGAUGAAUAUUGAGGACGAUCAAGGUGGCGUAGUCAAUGAAGCAGGAACUGCAGCAACCUCAAAGAAGAAGCGACGCAGCGAGAGCAAUGCGAGGGCCUCUGGGAAUAGACGGCCCUCUACAUCUGGCAGCGGUCGUGGUAGUGUCACGGGGCGCCCCUCUCUUCCUGCAUCAACAAGGCUCUCAUCGACCAGUCCCAACAAAGGUCCUACACUCUCGCGCGCAGCGCUAGCCCCUCCUAUGGAAAAUGGCACAGUUGAAGCUGGAAAUGCUGAGGCACAAGGUACUGCAGUAGGCGUCCUGAUCGUCAAGCAGCCACCCCCAACCCAAAUUGAUGGUUUUGUGGAUGUUUCGCCUACUCAACCUACUAACGGCAACGUUGCUGCUCCUGGAAUUAUGGGAGCCGGGCUCGAUCUAAGGACGGCUCUUGGUGCUGUUACUGUGCCGCAACAGCAAGGACUACUGGCCGCAGCUGAUGGCCAAAUUGGUACCGCAGUGACGCCAAUUCAGUUGUUUCCUCCAGCCAGUGCAGAACAACAAGAGCAAGCAGCUGCGCAGCCGAGCCUUCAAGUUCCAGGCCUCAUCUUCAAGCCCAUGUCGGCUCGCGACGCGUUGAAGAACGCAAUGGUCCGCCCGGGUGACCGCAACUACGCGAGAAAUUCGAUCGCGCAUGCCCAUGAUGUGGACACGCAUAUGCCUCUGGACUUUCUGAAUAGCUCGACGCUGUCCGGCAAUGCGGGUAGUCGCAGUCAGUCGAAAACGUCAGUUGACGAUGGAGCAGGCGGGGCAGAAUAUCACGCGCCCCCGCGCAAUAAAUUGCUGUUCGACGGAACCGGAACGACGGGAAGUGGCGGUAGCACAGUAACUAGUGCAAACAAUAGAAAGUCUUUGCCAGGUGGUACUUCAAGUCUCAACAAGCUUCGACAGGCAGCAAAAUCUGUCGAAGCAGCGGUUGGAAUUACCUCAAAAGCGGCCACACGAACUUCCUUGCCGGUUGGUAGCCUCAACGGUCGGUCGCCACCGCCUUCCCUAUCGAGUAAUGCUCGGAUGAAGCAGGAGCAAGUAGUGGAGAAGCAGCGCCCGUUGCAACAAGGUGGCGCCUCGAAACCUCCUAUGGCACCUCCUCCUUCAGGCACGACAGUUGUAGAGCAGGACGAGGACGAGAGCAACAAGCUUCUGGACUGGCGAAAACCUGGGAUUACCAAACGAGCGAGCGUGCAACCUGGGCUUGCUGACGAUCAUCACGAGCGAUUUCGGGCAUCAAUCAACACGAAACACGCUGACAUUCGUAUGCGGAUGACGCCACGUCCUCUGCCCAACGCAACAGAACUUAUGGCCAGCACGUUUUCCAACGGAGGCACCGAUAACACAACAUCGGAUACUCCGCACCAGUUGGGAAGUCUCAAAUUUGACUUGAAGCUCGGUCAGACUUCCCGCGUUGAUGUCCCUGGAGGUGGUCGGAUGAGUGCGCCGGGAGGUACUGCGGUCGGUAUGACACCACGGGCGCCAGCGUCGGCGCGCGGAGAUAGCCUCACAAAAAAGAGUACCAGCAGCAAAGCAGCUAGGACUAGGGCUGCGAGAACAAGCGUUGGAAAGGCGCGCGUAGUCUCCUCCUCCUCCGCAUCUGCACGUGCAGCAGGAAGCGUCCGCACUUCAAGUACGAAGAAGCGGAGCCCCUCGACGACAAGCAAGACAAAGCAGCGCUCGUCAACUGCAUCUACCUCUUCCGCUGCUGCUACCGGGAACAAAAACCUAACGUCCAGAAGUCGCAAACGGUCGUCGAGCCCGAAGGGUAGCAGAAAGAGCCGCAGUGGUGGCAGUCAGUCUUCGCCAACAUCCAGCGUGGGUGAUAGCGCAAAGAAGGGGAGAAAAAUCAAACGUAGUUUUUCCCGCUCCUCGUCAAAGGGAAACACUGCCAAGGCAUCUUCGAGUGCAAACAAGAAGAGCGCUGAUGGUGCUACGGCCGCGCGCCGGUCAUCUUCAGGUUUUCCUAACAAGAAAACAUCCACCACCUUUAGCGCACCUAAACGCGGAAGCACUUCCGCGCAGCGGCCACAACUAUUCUACGAAGCUGAGCAAGUUAUAGGCUUACAGGCUCAGGCAUUUACACCUGGAGCACGGCCUAUGAAUUUCCAUGCAGCUCCAGCUUUCCCGCGGCAGCCGCAAAUGCCGAGCACCAAAGCGAUGACUCCGCAACCGCUACCACAGAUGCCGGGCAUGACCAACAUGAGUGGACUCUAUGCAGGUUACAGCGACUAUUCGAUGCAAGCGCGAGCGCGUAUGCUGCAACAGUAUUGCGAUUUCCGUCCGUCUCAACAUGAGUUUCUGCAAGAGCCAGCGAUUCUGUCUGAUGAAGUCACGGACAAAAGCGGCUGCACAGACCAAGAUCACGUAGAACAGCACGAUCUUGACCACGACACAGGUUCGGGCUCAAAUGCAAAUACUAGCGUCAUGAGCACUACUCCACAGCGCCUUUCACCAACCAAAUCGCUGCCUCCAGGGAGCAACGGGAAGGCACUCAAGGUAGCGCUCGAAGCAGAACGCAAAGCAAAUCGUCGAGAACGCGAACAGGCACGAAAGGAUCGCAUCGCUUCGAGAUCAGAGCAGUUGAAGAAAUAAUGAUGAGCAUUGAAGACACGACAUGAUCCACCGUACACGUACACGACCCUACUUAGAUAGUAUCUAUAAUAAAUUUUUUCAGAACAUCAACAUUAACGUUUUCCCUUUCCAAUUGAUUCCAAGAAGCAGCUGAAACUCCUUCGACAUAUUCAUAUUCUUUCAUCGAUUAAUAUGUAAUCGUCAAGUUAUCAGUAUCAAGAAGUCUCUGUGCGGUAAUUUAUUUGUUACCAACAUUUUGAUUUUCAGUGAUCAUGAUCAUCCAUAGGUAUGUUGACCCGGAGCCGAAUAUCAAUCGUCUUGGUCUUCAUAAAGAUACUGAUACACUCAGAGUCGGAAAUAUUAAACUGAGACUUGAUAAUCGCGAAAGAGCAGCUAUGGUAUGAGUGUGUGACUUCACACAAAUCUUCUAGUUUCUGCAAAUAUUCUUCCUACUAAGAAUACCAAGUAUUUUUUUUUUGCGUGUAAAAAUGUGCUUCGACUCAACAAGUUGGGACAGACAGAGAAACCGGUGCCACACGCAGUUUAUUGAGAAAAAAUAUGUAGUACGCAGUACCAGUAGAAAUAGAAGUUCUAGUAUUAGUUGCCCACUGUAGUUGUACUAUGGGCUGCAUCAUGAUGGAAACAUAACGAACAAGAUGGAACAUAACUGCAGAACAGUCCUGCACCCACAAUUGAACAUUGUCACUGAUCGAAAUCGAAUACGAAAUACUUACAUACUGGUUUAGAUUCUUCGGCUUAUAAUUUCAUUCAUUGUAUGUUGUUUAUGACGAGAAAGUAGGAUGCUACCAUCAAGGAGCAAGGCACGCCCACGCAUGACGCCUACAAAUACAUAUUAGGUUUUACAGAAAAAAUUGGUUAGCUUAUUCAAACUCAGCAUGAUAAUAGAAGGAGUAGAUGUCAAUGAUACAACUUCUUCAACUAAGUGAACGCUUAAUUGAAGGAAUGUCUCGUCCAUUCCUAACACGUUUGGGAUUGAUUUCCCGUAGACAUCGGGAACGAAAUCUUCUAAAACUAUGACUUCUAUGUUAGUGGUACAUGAACAUGUAAUAUAUCUUUGUAAAAGAAGUAUUUCUCGAUUCUUCGACUCCAGUGCGCCAGCCUUAUCGGUGCCUCGACGUAUAU